CUCCCAGCAGCAGCGUUGAACCCAAGGAUCAACCCUCCUAACGGCCCGGAUGAGAGAGCACAAAUCCAGGGCAACAUGGUCGCAUGAGCCGGCGGAGAGCAGAGUAGCCGUUCCCCGGGGUUGACACGCACCGGACCGCCGCUGUCUGCCGGAAUCUUGACGUUGGUUCUGGGAAAAUACAGCCGGAGAUUGAGGCGUGGAGGCGGAAAAAAAAAGGGAAACGACGGCACAUUUCUCCCCUUGUGGUGUCCUAUUUCGUUGUGCUUGCCGGUCUAUCAUCUCUCUCUGURUUACUCGCCGACACUCGUCUCCUGUCACCUCUCCACGUCCUGCUGAUGAGAGGAAGCACAAAGGUGGAACACUGCAGACAGGCUGCCUCACACUGAGCUAUGGAAUGCUUCCUGCUCCCACCAUCACUAGUCUCCAAUCUUUGGACUGAGCUUCAAACACUUAGUUAGCAGUUGUGUGUCUCCCCUUGAACUGUUUCUAACCAGGGGACGUAGAAAAGGAGCGGGCUGAGCCGGUCCACCGAGUACACCGAGCAUCUCGCCGCUUUUUCUUUUUGAAAAAGAAUCGAAGGCCUUUUGUUUUUUUCUUCUUCUGCUUGGAUCCGUAAAAUCAUAUCAAGAUGGAUUUGGAAUCGUACCUGUGGAUGGUGGUGCUUGGUUUCAUCAUUGCCUUCAUUUUGGCGUUCUCCGUCGGAGCCAACGACGUGGCUAAUUCCUUUGGCACGGCAGUGGGGUCCGGCGUGGUCACGCUCAAGCAGGCCUGCAUCCUGGCGUCCAUCUUUGAGACGCUGGGAUCCAUGCUGCUCGGGGCCAAAGUGGGAGAAACCAUUCGGAAGGGCAUCAUAGACGUCAGUCUGUAUAACGACACGGUGCCCAUACUGAUGGCAGGGGAGGUCAGCGCCAUGGUUGGAUCAGCAGUCUGGCAGCUGAUCGCCUCCUUCCUCAAACUGCCCAUCUCUGGAACUCACUGCAUCGUUGGAGCCACCAUCGGCUUCUCCAUGGUCGCCAUCGGCACCAAGGGCGUGCAGUGGAUGCAGCUUGUCAAAAUUGUGUCUUCAUGGUUCAUCUCUCCUUUGCUGUCUGGACUCAUGUCUGGACUCCUCUUCAUGCUCAUCAGACACUUCAUCCUGAACAAGGAUGAUUCUGUCCCAAAUGGACUCCGAGCUCUGCCUCUCUUCUAUGCUACCACCAUCGGGAUCAACACCUUCUCUAUCAUGUACACUGGAGCUCCAUUGCUCGGGUUGGAGAUGCUACCGGUCUGGGCCAUCUUUCUCAUCACGUUAGCCGGGUCGCUGGUCUGUGCAGCUUUGGUCUGGAUAUUUGUUUGUCCUUGGAUGAGAAGAAAAAUAGCAAGUCGUUUAAAGAAGGAGCAGGCUCUCUCCAGGAUAUCUGAUGAGAGUCUGGAUAAGAUCCCAGAGGAGGAGGAAGAGAGCCCCGUCUUUAAGGAGCUUCCUGGAGCGAAGGGCACCGACGAGGCGGUGGUGCCGCUCACAGGAAGCAGCAGUGAUCGUAGCACACGUGACCCCAGCGGGGAGCUCACCAGCAUGGCCAAUGGAGGCACUGUCCUGCCAAACGGCAGGGUGUAUGGUCGAACUCACUCCAUGACCAACGGUUCCCUAAAGUCGCCGAUCGCCAACGGCAGCUUCAGCUUCGACGGCCACAUGCGCAGCGAUGGUCAGGUGUACCACACGGUGCACAAAGACUCUGGCCUCUACAAAGACUUGCUCCACAAGAUCCACCUGGGCCGUAUGGACGACGGCGACCGCCCGGGGUCCGGCGCCCCCCAAGCCGACAACAACUACCGCCUGCUGCGCCGCAACAACAGCUACACCUGCUACACGGCGGCCAUCUGCGGCAUGCCCGUCCAGCCGCUCAGGCGCACGGAGUCACGCGACGACAGCGAGAAGCUGGUGGGCGAGGGGGGCGGCAGGAGCAACAGCGUGUCGUACUCCAAGAAGCGGAUCCGCUACGACAGCUACUCGUCGUACUGCAAUGCCGUCGCCGAGGCGGAGAUCGAAGCGGAGGAGGGAGGGGUGGAGCUGAAGAUGGCCUCGGAGCUGGAGGGGGUGGAGGAGGAAGGAGGUCAAGCUCCGAUCCCUCUGGAUGACCUGGAGGAUCACGAGGAGAAGGACAAGUCGGAGGUGUUUCUGCUGUUCCACUUCCUGCAGAUCCUCACCGCCUGCUUCGGUUCGUUUGCCCACGGAGGAAACGAUGUCAGUAAUGCCAUCGGGCCRCUGGUGGCGCUGUGGAUGAUUUACGAGCAGGGAGGUGUGAUGCAGGACGCCGCCACUCCUAUCUGGCUGCUGUUUUACGGUGGCGUGGGCAUCUGCGCCGGCCUGUGGGUGUGGGGCCGCCGCGUCAUCCAGACCAUGGGGAAGGACCUGACUCCCAUCACCCCCUCAAGUGGAUUCACUAUUGAACUGGCCUCUGCACUCACAGUCGUGUUGGCUUCCAAUAUCGGAAUCCCUGUCAGUACCACACACUGCAAGGUGGGCUCAGUCGUGGCCGUGGGUUGGAUCCGCUCCCAGAAAGCUGUGGACUGGCGCCUCUUCAGGAACAUCUUCCUGGCCUGGUUCGUCACGGUGCCCGUGGCGGGCCUGUUCAGCGCCGCCGUCAUGGCCCUGUUCGUCUACGGCAUCCUGCCCUACGUCUGAGGGUGAGCAGAGGAGGAGGGCCAGAGAGGGGGAACGUGGGAAAAAACAACAACAACAACACAUGGUGGCGUGAGUGUCGAAGGAAAUGAAGACGUGGAAGUGAGGAAGGUUUACACGUGGACUCUGGUUGUGCUGUGGAGGAGAGGAGGCUUUGGUUCCCACGCUGCCUGGCUCUGCUGAGUUUCCAAUCGGUUUAUAUUUGUUUGUUCGGAGGGUGCAGAGGCYUGUAACGGUUUUUUAUUUUAAAUCUGCUGUAAAUACAACAAUCUGGAACAAAAUCGCAAGUUUAAAAAAAACUCAGCUCCUAACUUUAAAAAAAAUACAGAAAAUAAUCAGUUUUAUUCUUCCUGCAAAACCAGCAGCUUCAGCGAGUCGAUUCUUUUUCGUAAGUAACAUAACGAAAAAGACAAACGUGUACAUAUCAUCAUUCUGGAUCGGUUGUGAUUUGCUGUUUUGCGAUUUGCUUUAUUUAGCUGCCAAAAUAAAACUGUGGUCAUUCAAACCAUUCACCAUGCCAGCCAGAUAUAACCGGGGGCCAAAAGGAAACGAGCUCCUCAGAGGAAUAAAAAAAAAUACAUAAAAUAAAAACUAAGAGGGCGGUGCAACUUUUUUAUUUUUCAUGAAACCAUAGAAACCUAAUUUACUAAAGAUUUGAUUGUUUUGUUGAGAGCUCCUGUAUGUUUCUAGAGAUAAAUCUCAUAUUUUUAAA